AUGACAUAUGUUAUGGCUUUCGAAAAUGACCAAGAAACACAGGACUUCUGUGAACGUUGGGGUUUUCGGAUUCGCUCUGGAUUUUUGUUUUUUGAGAAGCAGCGGCCUCCCCAACUUCCCGAACUUGCCUGGAAAGAGCGAAGGUCACAGAAGAUUAUUGAGAGCAAACGAAUUGGUAUCUCACUUUCGGAACUCUUCAACGGUGGUCCCCUGCCUCUUGAUUCCGCCUUGCCGUGGCCUGUACACAGCUCUUUUGAUGCACAGGGUCGUCUUAUACCAGACAACCUAACUCCCAGUUCGCUUACUUUAUCAAAAUGCGUUUCAUCGUCAUCUCAACCAAAUCCCCCGACAUCUUUGUUUUCAUCAUCAGCGAAUAUUCCUCAAUCUAGCAUCUUCGGACAAAUAUUAAAUUUGGUUCCAGCUACCUCCGGCCAAGAAAGUAUAACUUCGUCAGCCCAUUCAGUCGCCAGUGGUUCUGUUAACUACUCAUUCCCACUUCCCUCCAAUACUUCCCUUGGUUCUAGUGGAUGGUCUAACUGGCUGUUUGGGCACUCACAAAAUUUGCAAGCUGCUUCCAGUGAGCUGUCAAUCAAUCAUGCUGGAUCAACUUUAACCCCGAAUGAGUUGUCUAUUCUUGCAGAGGAUUUAAUUAUUGCUCCUGUAGUCUCACAGAUGACUCAAGCUAUCCUGGAGCGCAUCUUUAUUCAAGAUAUCUGCGCUCGAGCGAUAAUUGAUGAUCUUAUUGAAGAAAUGAUUGAGAAAAAUAUACUCCAGACUCCCGACUAA